ACUGGAACCACGGAGUACAUCCGCUGUAGCCGACCCAGGCCAAACCUUAAUUGUUUCCCCAAGGUUGAGCCGCACGCGACUCCUCGUAUCACGAAACUCCUCCACACGAACAAGCCUUGAAAUCCCCAUGUUUCUCCCUGGGUACUUUUACCUUACGCCAAUAAAAUGAAUCGCUAACGCAAACAGGUUACCACUCUAAUAUUUGCAUCCACAUGGCCAACAGGUCCUUAACGUCCGCAAACACCGCUACCUCUUCGAUCGAAACCCUGCCCAAUGAACUUCUCAACCAUGUGCUCUCCUAUCUCUCCUCAGGCCCUCCUCCGUCUGCAGGGAAGCUGCGUCAAAUUCCAGCGCACAACAUCACAUCGUCCACAACUAUAGAUCUAAAAAAUGUUUCGCGAACCUCGUCCCGCUUUCGAGCCCUCGCGCGCCCUUUCCUCUUCACCCACACCCACCACGAGCUACGGGACCAGGAACGCUUCCUCGACUUCCUACGAAGACAUGAGCUUGCCCCCCAUGUACGAUCAGUCUUGGUGUCUGUGCGUUCGAUAUUCCCCGGCAGCGAGAAACCGCUGUGGUGGGUGCGGUUGCUAGAAGAGGUUGAUCCUCGCCAUCUCACUGUCAUAGCACCUCCCUAUAUGUUCGCGCACAUGGCUCUCUGCCGCCUGGAAAGCGUGCAUUCCUGGGCCUUCGAUUUGCCACUUCAAACUAUGCAGUUCCACCAACCAGAGCCAGCUCAGCGGCGGGCCUAUUCUCCGAAACCAGGGCCCGAUGGAACCCUCUUCAACGCUCGACCGUGGACGGAAAUCCUAUUCAACGAAGGCUCUUCUCUGAGGGCAUAUAGCAAUUACGAAUAUUAUCUUCUCCGUGUCCCUUCAAUCAUGGAACACUGGGGUUCUGUCGAUCCUCUCCAAUCCAAGGAGCUCCCCUACCCCGUUGGGGCAAUCUCGCGCCUGACCUCAUUCCAUUAUAUCGCUGUGUUCCCUUUCUACAAUCACACAAAUCUGGUCUUGAAGGUUAUACGUAACAUGUCGAACUUACGUCAUUUAAGCUUCCAGCUUGCACCGCAACCUACCAGCACCAUCUUCGAGGAUGAGCAGCGGGCAGGAACCCUGGAUCCCAACGACCCGUGGAUGGAGCUGGAUACAAGCUAUUCCCUAAUUUCGCACUCAGUCAGAUACCUGGGCGUGCAGGGCAAGCUUGUUGAGUUUAAGUGUUUUGAUUUUGAUCUUGAAGCUCUGAGGGAUAAUCUAGUUUCUAGAAUCGGGUCGAAUUUGAAAGGAAAGUGGACGUACGAUGGAGGCGGGCUGUGGGUGAAAAUAUAGAAAUCAAUCCGCACCGUCCCUACGAUGAUUGGUUUAACGACUUGCUUUACAUCUUUACGUUAGGACGUUGGUGUAACGCGGUGGUAGACCUAGUAUCAUCUUUCCUUUCGCAUUGUUUCAGUCAUUUGCGGGAGUUUCAUACGGGCAAUGGGCUGGUCCUUUUAUGUAUCAGGAUUCAUACUGAGUGUCAUUAUUCUUUCUUCUUCUUGAAUGUCGCAUUAUUACACCUAUAGUAAUCAUUUGUUUGCGUUCGUCAAAACAUUUACCUUCUAUUUGUAUUUUCCUACUUGAAUCAUUACAGUACCGUAUCGAGCAAUGGCGGAGUAAAGAAAUUGCAUUUCAACCCCUUUGAGUGAGGGCUUUUAGUACCAAUACAUGCAUAACCGCCUUUGGAAUGACCACCUAGGUCUCGAGCCAAUCAUAGCUUACCAAGGCUUGGGCGAAGGGCUUUUGGUCAUGGCUCCUGUUUAACUCCCACUCAACUCGUGGUUAUGCCGUAGGGAGCACUGCCCAACUGGAAAGCUUGAAGAAGAUGGCAACCGUAGUAACUGGAGGGAGAACGCUAAUGGAAGCUAGCAACAUAUCCAAAUGAUAAGCCAUAUCGUGGAUGGUAGACGGGUCAUGUUAUAGUCCAGCUCUAAAAUGCAAUCGCUAUAUAGCUAAGAUAAAAAAGCUUCCUUUGAUCAUACUAGCCCAAAUAAAUCCCCGAACCAAUAAAGAAAUUCUAUAAGCUGAG